AUGGAGGUGCGGUCCUGUGCUCACGAUGCCAUCUUUCGAACCUUUACCCGCUGCGGCGAGGACCCACUGACACUGCUGGUGGAUCUCCGGCCAGCCAAGGAAUUCCUCAAGCGCCACAUCGCACUGUCCUACUGCAUCCGACUAACAUCGAAUGGCCAGGCCCUGGUUGACUAUAGCAAGAACGAGUAUGACGUCAAGUGGAGCACUGGGUGCUGGUGGGACAAACCAGUGAUCCUCUUUGGGCCACCAGCGCUGCGAAAGGACCACCCUGUGGUCGCCUUCCUGGCCAAGGAAGGCCGAGCCAGGAGCCUGCAAUACUUCCCGCACGGAUUUGGUGAUCUGGCAGAGGCGUACCCCUACCUGACGACUGCCUCUGUCAGGCCCAGCUCCAGCCGAAGGUAUCCCUCCCUGAUUGAGCCGGGGCUUUACCUGGGGGACUGGGCAUCUGCCGAGGCCACCGACAGGCUGCAGGAGCUGGGAGUGCGGAGCAUCGUCACGAUCCACAACAACCCCGAGAACCUGGCCGUGGCGGCCGGCACCUCCCGCCUGGCCAUCCAGCUUGCGGACGUGACGACGGCCGACCCCGCGCCCUGGUUCGACCCCAUCACCCUGGAAGGCGGCUCACGAGCGAUGCUGACAGACCUCGGAUCGGCGCACGGCACAAACAUCUCUGGGGUGUGGAUACGCCCCAAGGUCCCUCGCCGGCUGCAGGAGGGCGAUGUGAUCCGGUUUGGGGCCAGCAGCCGCAGCUACCGCGUGGUCAGGCUCCCGCAUGUGCCGUGA